AAAAGUAUAUUUCAUAUGGUACAAACUCACCACUCACUCAAAAGUCCAUCUCCCGGAAGGAGAAUUUAGAGAGAGAAAGGGAAAGCGAGAAACAAUGUCUCAGAUUCCCAAUUUGGAGAACGCCCCGAUCAAUCUCAGUGCCAUACGAGCCCGGGCUCAAGCGGAGCUGGAAACCAUACUAAAAAAUGUUCGAGGAGAUAAGUGUUUGGUAAUUGAUCCGAAGCUCAGCGGCUCGCUCUCGCUUCUUGUCCAAAGUUCAGAACUGAAGAAACAUGGUGCUGAAUUGCGGCAUCUAACGGCUGAGCCAAUUCAAACCGAUCGCACCAAGGUGGUCUACCUUGUUCGAGCUCAGAUUGACUUGAUCAAAUUCAUUUGCUCGCAUAUUCACAAUGAUACAUCAAAAGGACUUCACAGAGAAUAUUAUCUUUACUUUGUUCCACGUCGAGCGGUUGUAUGUGAGAAGGUACUUGAGGAGGAAAAAGUGCAUGAGUUGUUGAAUAUUGGGGACUUUCCCUUAUACAUGAUCCCUCUGGAUGAGGAUGUAUUAUCAUUUGAACUUGACCUUGCUCAGAAAGAAUAUUUGGCAGAUGGAGAUGCUACGUCUCUCUGGCAUAUUGCAAAAGCCAUUCACAAUCUAGAGUUUUCCUUUGGAUUAAUACCAAAUGUUCGGGCGAAAGGCAAAGCAGCUACACGUGUUGCUGACAUUUUGAACCGCAUGCAAGCUGAAGAACCUGUUAAUACAUCAGACAUGGGCAUUCCAGAAAUAAAUACUCUUGUACUUCUAGAUAGAGAGGUGGACAUGGUCACUCCAAUGUGUUCUCAGUUGACAUAUGAAGGAUUGCUAGAUGAGUUUCUUGGUGUCAAUAAUGGUGCUGUGGAGCUAGAUGCUUCUAUCAUGGGAGUUCAGCAAGAAGGCAAGAAGAUAAAGGUUCCCCUUAAUUCUAGUGACAAAUUAUUCAAAGAGAUCCGGGAUCUGAAUUUUGAAGUUGUUGUCCAGGUUCUUCGACAAAAAGCAACAUCCAUGAAGCAAGAUUAUACAGAGAUUUCAACUACUUCUCAGACCGUCUCUGAAUUGAAGGACUUUGUGAAGAAGCUUAACUCAUUGCCUGAAAUGACUAGGCACAUAAAUCUUGCUCAGCAUUUAUCGACAUUCACAUCAAAACCGUCAUUUCUUGGGAGACUUGAUAUGGAGCAAACACUUGUGGAGGCGCAGAGCUAUGACAUAUGCUUUGAUUACAUUGAAGAAAUGAUUCAUAAGCAGGAGCCUCUUGUAAACGUCCUGCGCCUUCUAAUCUUAUUUUCAGUAACAAACUCAGGGUUGCCAAAAAAGAAUUUUGACUAUCUGAGGAGAGAGCUUCUUCAUAGCUACGGCUUUGAGCAUAUUGCUACGCUGAAUAACUUGGAAAAAGCUGGGCUGUUCAGGAAACAGGACUCAAGGAGCAACUGGCUGACAAUCAAACGUGCUCUGCAACUUGUAGUUGAGGACACAGACACCGCGAAUCCAAAUGAUAUCGCCUAUGUUUUCUCUGGAUACACAGAAGAAAGACAUUUAUACCCAAAUAUAAAUUUUCAUUCUCUUCAGUUGAUUUUUUAUUCUUCUGUUUUCGCCUGCAAUUUAUCCUACAGGCGCCCUAUUGAAGAAAUACUAAGGCUGCUGCCUGGGCCACACUCAGAAAUCAAGAGAGGUGGAUAUGCUAGCAUCCCAUCAUAUGAAACACUGCCAGGAUCUCUGAACAGUUCUGAAAAACUUGCUGAUGGAAGACGCUCCUUAGUCCUUGUAGUUUUCAUUGGUGGAGUAACAUUUGCUGAGAUCUCUGCCCUUCGUUUCCUAUGUUCCCAGGAGGGAAUGGCAUACGACUUGAUUGUAGGAACAACGAAAAUUGUGAAUGGCCAGGCCUUGACAGAAACCUUCAUUGAGAAGCUGGGGUGAUUAAUCAAGAACCGUCAUUCUUCUGGUUCUUCAUUUUUAUUAAUUUCAAAGGAUAAAGGAUGCAGUGUUGUGGCAGCCGGCUUCCUUCUUACUAGUUUUCUUGGUUUGGUGUGAGUAAGAGAGCAAUUGCAGUCUGUUUUUUCCAACUGCUGCUGAUGGAUCCUGCUUUAUUUUUACUUCUUCCUGAUAUAAACAUAUUCAUUUCUCUCUCUCUCUCUCUCUCUCCCUCUCCCUCUCCUCUUUAUUUUCUACACGUUAAAAAUUGGUUGUAAAUCUUUAUCAGCCUUUGAAUAUAUUUGUUUGCCCUUUUGCUCUGUUAA